UUGACACUUCAAUUUCAAUUCCAUUGCACGUUGUUUUGAAACAACAUAACCCAAAAAAUUAUAAAGUUCUUGUUAGAUAAUAUAAACUGCAGUUUCAAGGUACUUUUCAAUAUGGGAAAGAAAAACAAAGAGUCCCUAGGCCGUUCUCUUAUUAAAGAUCGAUUUGCAAAAAAUCGGCACCGAAAACAUGUUGAAGAUAAUACUAUGUUGCACACAACUGAAGUAAAUGAUGGUUACGACUGGGGACGCUUGAACUUACAAUCAGUCACAGCAGAGUCUUCAUUACAAGAGUUUUUGUCUACAGCUGAGUUGGCAAACCGAGAAUUUAUAGCUGAAAAGCUUAAUGUAAAAUAUGUCAAGUCGGCUCCAAGUGCAGUGGAGUUACAGACAUCACAGCCAGAUUUUGAUGAACCACUAACAGUUCCAAGACGACCACCUUGGAAACCAGGGAUAUCAGCAGAAGACCAAGUUAACAGGGAAAAAGAUUCAUUUUUAGACUGGAGGAGACAUUUAAAUGAAUUGCAAGCUAAACUUGGAGCAGCUGUCACACCAUACGAAAGGAAUAUAGAAUUGUGGAAGCAAUUGUGGAGAACUUUAGAAAAAUCUGAUGUUGUGUUACUCCUCUUAGAUGCUAGGAAUCCAUUACUAUUCAGGUGUUUAGAUUUAGAAAUGUAUGCAGCAGAACAGAACUGCAAGAUUAUAUUGUUGUUAAAUAAAGCCGACUUGACAACAGAAUAUGUAAGAAAAUGUUGGGCAGAAUACUUUACAAAAGAGAAUAUAUCAAUCAUAUUUUUCUCUGCCGCUAAAACAGUUAAAGAAAGAAAAAUAUCAGAAGAAAGUGCCACAAAACCUGACCUUAAUGUUGAUUCAGGAACAGAAUCCAAUGAUUCUAAUGAUGAAACAGAUGAUGAAAACCCUGACAAUUUAAAACAAACAGAAAAUGACAUUCAGAACUUUAAAAAACAAUUAGGUGUUUUAGAUGAAGCUGUUACAAAUACAGCUACAAAAUUAUCAAACAUACAAGAGGCGUUAGAUAAGGUUUUAGAAAAUUUAAGACUAGGAAAGCCUGUAGAACCUUUAGAACUAAAGAAGAACAUCAGUGAAAGUGAUAAAAUUGCAAAUCCUAAUGAAGUUAAUUUGCCAAAUGUAACAAAUUUACAUGAAAUAUUUGGAAGAGAUCAACUUGUAGAUGUUUUGAAAAGUAUUAAGGUUGAUAAACUAAAAAAUCCACCAAGAUUAACAGUGGGAAUGAUUGGAUACCCUAAUGUUGGAAAAUCUAGUACAGUUAACAUUUUGAUGCAGACAAAAAAAGUUAGUGUAAGUUCAAUGCCAGGUCAUACUCGUCACAUCCAGUCCCUAAUUCUUGAUGAUGAUAUAGAAUUACUGGAUUGUCCGGGUUUAGUGUUGCCAGCAUAUGCAGUUGCACCAGAUUUAUUGCUUACAGCUGUGUUGCCAAUUGAUCAGAUGCGAGCUCACAAUGCGGCGAUGGCCCGUCUUUGUCAAUUGGUCAGCCGGAACACGUUCGAAGAGAAAUAUGGUUUGCUAUUGCCUGAAUAUGAAGGAAGUGAUUUGGAAUAUAAGAAGAUACUUACGGCGCAUGCGUUCAACCGCGGCUUCAUGACGGCGGCUGGUCAGCCGGACGUGUCGCGAUCUGCGAGACUUCUCCUCAAAGAUGCUGCUAGUGGACGAUUGCAUUGGGAACAGUUACCACCAGGCUUCAGUGCACCCAGUGUGGACAUUUUGAUAGAAGAUAAGAAGAAUGACACUAGGAAACCUACGCCAAGGGAAGCUAGAGCUGUUGAGGGUUGGCUGAGCAAAUCAAGUGAGAUUGAUAAAGCAUUUUUCGCAAUGCAAAAGGCCGGUCCCCACGUUAAAGGAAAGCCGAUACUCGGUAUAAGUGGUUCGCAGACGACUGAAAAGCUCCUCACCAAGCCCUGGAAACAAGAAAAGCGUCACGCGAAUAAAAAUAAAAGGGAGAAACUGAGACGCGUGUAUGCGCACUUGGAUGAACAUUAAAAUAAAAAAUAUAUUCCAAUGUAGUAAACAUAACAAUUUCGAGUUCUGUCAAACAUCUUUGACUUUUUAUAUGAAAUUUGAUAGGUCUCGGAAUUAGUUUGAAGCUAUUUAAGUCUAAUCAGUUAAUUGUAUAUAUAAUAUUUAAAAUAUACGGUUAUCCCAUA